UUCCCCCAGCGAAGCGGCGAGCGGGGAGCCAUGGCGCUGGGCCGGGCCGCCCCUCUCCCUCGGCCGGCGAGAGGCUUCGGCUGCCGGCCGCCUGCGGGGAAGACAUCCCCCGUGUCCUUUGAGGAGGUAGCCGUGUUCUUCACGGAGGAGGAAUGGGCUCUGCUCAGUCCAGGCCAAAGAAAACUCUACUGGGAAGUGAUGCAGGAAAAUUAUGAGACUGUGGCCUUUCUGGAUGUGAGUGACGUGGUGAUUGAGAAAGAACCAGAAAGGGUUACUGUGGAAAGAGAUGCCGAUCUGCAGGUAGAAGUGAAAACUGGAGUUCAAGUGGUACCCAAGAGGGAGUGGAGAAGCAAAAGGAAAGCCAAACAGAAGCAAAGGAAGGAAUUGGUUGCCCACCAGAGCAGGAAGAUGCCUGAGGUCCCAGCCCAAAAUGAAAUACAGAAGAGAAAGAGAAGGCAUAAGGGUCCAGUAAUUGUGAAAAGAUUGAGCUGCAAAUUCAGAGUUAAAAAAUAUCAGAAAAUUACAAAAUGCUGGAAAACAUAUAAAUGCUUAGUAUGUCGAAAGACCUUCUUUCAGAAUAGCAAGCUAGCUAUACACCAGAGGAUGCACAGAGGGGAGAAGCCAUAUAAAUACUUGGAGUGCGGGAAGAGCUUUUCUGGGAAUGGCAACCUAACUCAGCAUUGCAAGGUUCACACAGGGGAGAAGCCAUACAAAUGCUUGGAGUGUGAGAAGAGCUUCUCUCAGAAAGGGAACCUAACUAGCCAUCAGAAAGUUCACACAGGGGAGAAGCCAUAUAAAUGCUUGGAGUGUGGGAAGAGCUUCUCUCGGAGAGGGAACCUAACUAGCCAUCACAAGGUUCACACAGGGGAGAAGCCAUAUAAAUGCUUGGAGUGUGGGAAGAGCUUCUCUCAGAAAGGAAACCUAACAAGCCAUCAAAAGGUUCACACAGGGGAGAAGCCUUAUAAAUGCUUUGAAUGCGGAAAGAGCUUCUCUGAGGAUGGCAAUCUGACGAAACAUCGCAAGGUGCACACAGGGGAGAAACCAUAUAAAUGCUUGGAGUGCGGGAAGAGCUUCUCUCUGAACAUCCACCUAAAAAGACAUCACAACAUUCACACAGGAGAGAAGCCAUUUAAAUGCUUGGAGUGUGGGAAGAGCUUUUUUCACAAUAGUAGCCUAACUAGCCAUCAAAAGGUUCACACAGGGGAGAGGCCAUAUAAAUGCUUGGUGUGUGGGAAGGGCUUCUUUGACAAUAGUAUCCUAACUAGACAUCAAAAGGUUCACACAGGGGAGAAGCCAUAUAAAUGCUUGGAGUGUGGGAAGAGCUUCUCUCACAGUGGUAGCCUAAUUAGACAUCAAAAGAUUCACACAGGGGAGAAGCCAUUUAAAUGCUUUGAGUGUGGGAAGAGCUUCUCGUACAAUAGUAGCCUAACUAGCCAUCAAAAGGUUCACACAGAAGAGAGGCCGUAUAAAUGCUUGGUGUGUGAGAAAAGAUUCUCUGAUAAUAGUAGCCUAAUUAGCCAUCAAAAGGUUCACACAGAGGAGAAGCCGUUUAAAUGCUUGGAGUGUGGGAAGAGCUUCUCUCUGAACAUAGUCCUGAAAAGACAUCGCACGGUUCACACGGGGGAGAAGCCAUAUAAAUGUUUUGAGUGUGGGAAGAGCUUCUCUCAUAAAGGGAACCUAACUAACCAUCAAAAGGUUCACACAGGGGAGAAGCCUUAUAAAUGCUUUGAGUGUGGGAAGAGCUUCUCUGAGAAUAGCAAUCUAACUAAACAUCACAAGAUUCACACAGGGGAGAAACCAUAUAAAUGCUUGGAGUGUGGGAAGAGUUUCACUCUGAACAUCCACCUAAAAAGACAUUGCAAUGUUCACACAGGAGAGAAACCAUUUAAAUGCUUGGAGUGUGGGAAGAGCUUUUUUCACAAUAGUAGCUUAACUAGCCAUCAAAAGCUUCACACAGGGAAGAGGCCAUAUAAAUGCUUGGUGUGUGGGAAAAGCUUCUCUGAUAAUAGUAGUCUAACUGGCCAUCAAAAGGUUCACACAGGGGAGAAGCCAUUUAAAUGCUUGGAGUGUGGAAAGAGCUUCUUUCAUAAUGGCUACCUUUUGAGACAUCAAAAGGUUCACACAUUGGAGAAGUCAUUUAAAUGCUUGCAGUGUGGGAUUAGCUUUUUUCUGAAUGGCACACUAAUUAGACAUCAAAAAGUUCACAUGGGAGAAGCCAUAUAAAUGCUUAUAAUUUGGAAAGAUGUUUAGUGAGUCUUAUCUUACACCAGAAGAUUCACCUAGGAGAAUAGUCAUCCAAUCCAAUUUAUUGUAUGGCUGACCUUUCCUGCUUCUGACCGUGACAUGACAUGUCAGCUGCCCUGACAAGCAACAUUUGUAUCCCUAAUUUCCUCCUUUUCCUUCAUCUCCCCUCCUUUCAUUUUGUUAGCAUCAAAUAUAUGUAUGUAGCAUCCCUGAUUUGCAAAACAAUACAUAUUUUUCUCUGUGUUCUCUUAAAGCCUCCCAUGUUAAUGGACCAUUCACCAAGAUGGUGAGAUAAAGUCUCAUAUUAGCUCUUUCAAAACAAGUGGUAUAAUUUUCUAGGGGGGAGAACUUUUAUUUUAACUAUCUGAAAAGUUGUCAUAAUUGUCGAUUAAAUUCUGUCCUCACCCUUGAAGACCAAUAACUAAUGUUAUUUCUCAUAUUCUGAUCAGAUCAGCCUUGCAAAGUUCUGUACAUUUAGUCAAAAAUACUGCUGAAUACUAGGGGUGUGCAAUUCGGUAAUCUAAUUAGGUUAAAGUUACCGAAUCAGGGCCGUUUCGGUUUUUUUCAAUAUUACUGAAACUUUUUCUGAAUGCUGAAAAAAUUCGGUAAUACCGAAACACAGAUUACCGAAACGAUUCGGCCAUUGUUUUCAAUGAGAAAACCACCUCCCGGCUUUCUGGGAGUCUGGGGGGCAUUUUCGGUCCGAAUCACACCAAACUUGGUGGAGACUUUCUACUUACUCUCCUCUAACUACCCCCCAAGUUUCAGAAAGAUUGGACUUUGGAGGGGCCAUGUCAUGCCCCCCCAAACAAGGUGCCCCCAUCCUCCUACUCUCCAUGGUUCUCUAUGGGGAAAAAAAGUCAUCUUUCUAGGUGGCUUGGGGUGGCAGUUUGCAAGCAAAAUGCACCCACCUUUCAGGGGACCUGCUCCCACCUGUCCUCCCACCCUCCACCAAGUUUCAGGCAGAUUCCACUUUGGGGGACAAUUUUAUUGUCUCCCAAGGAAGGUGCCCCUAUCCACCUCCACUCCACUAUUCCCUAUGGGGGAAAUAAGAGAGGCUUGUGUGGCUAGGGGUGGCAUUUCGCAUGCAAAAUGCCCCCAACCUUCAGGGGCCCAUCUCCUACCUGUCCUCCCACCCUCCAUCAAGGCCCAAACUGAUCCUACUUUGGGGGGGCAUUUUAUGGCCUCCCAAAGAUGCUGCUCUUAGCCCCCCCCUUUCUCCAUUAUUUCCUAUGGGGGAAAUUAGAGAGGCUUGUGUGGCUAGGGGUGGCAUUUUGCAUGCAAAAUGCCCCCAACCUUCAGGGCCCCAUCUCCUACCUGUCCCCCCUCCCUCCACCAAGGCUCAAGCAGAUCCCACUUUGGGGGGCCAUUUUAUGGCCUCCCAAAGAUGCUGCUCUUAGCCCCCCCUUUCUCCAUUUCCUAUGGGGGAAAUUAGAGAGGCUUGUGUGGCUAGGGGUGGUAUUUUGCAUGCAAAAUGCCCCCAACCUUCAGGGGCCCAUCUCCUACCUGUCCUCCCACCCUCCACCAAAGCUCAACCAGAUCCCACUUUGGGGGGGCAUUUUAUGCCCCCCUCAA